UGGCUGCAGCUUUUGCAGCUGUCGCAUCGCAUGGCGUAGUGGGAACGUGACGUGCUGACAGUGUAACUGGGACUCAGGUCGUGGAUUGCAAGUACCCAUGUCGUUACUUGACGUCGCAAUCGCCUGUUUGCCGUGUAUACAAUGGAGGGGCGGUGCAGGGUUUGCCUCCUCCUGGGAUAUCUCUGAAGCGAAAAGCUAGAUUUCCUGCAACACUUGACGAAUUGGGAGUGAGCGAGUGAAUUUUGAUGACAUUUGGGUUUUUGUGGGUUUUUGGAAAUACCGUAGAUGAGUUUGUUGCUGGAAUGGUUACUGUGGGAGGAAGGAAUUGGCCAGCGCACACACACUUACUCACCCAUGCCGACGAUCAUAUCGCAGAAGAAGAGUGCAUGAUUUCGUGUGGAGUGGGGUUUGGGAGUUUUACGAUCGUGAGGUAGGGCUGAUGCGCGCGCUUGCUUUCGAGUAUUGACGACUUCGAUGGUGAUAGCGAGGUUAACCUGCACCGCUCUUCAGAAACAGUUGUGUGCAUCGCCACCUACAAGAGUUUCAGUCUCAAAGUACGUGCGGUUGUGCCCCACAAACAAUGACUAUCAUGGCUGUAAUUCCAACCGUGAUAAUUUAGAGUCCAUCGAAGGGUUGAACCAACAUCGAGAAGUAAAGCAGCAAUUCUCCCCUGCGUUUCAAAAUUCCACGUACUUUAUGGCAACAUUGACGUCAAACAGUCAAGGAGACAAAUACUUCACAAAUUAUGGAGCGUUAUCUACGCUUGAUGUUAACGUCGCUCUGUUUGAAUUGAUUGCGACUCAUGUGGUGGAAGAGCCUCUGCAAUAUGAUUGUCUUCGAGGUUCAAAAAUUUGAACCCACAAUUUCCGUCAAGGUCUUUGGAGCUCGUUAAUGAGCGAGUCGCUAUCAUACUGCUUUACACCUUUGGUACGGAUGGCGUGGUGUGCAAGCAAAAGAGCAUACCCAGCGAUGUCUCUCCAAUUCGCAUUCAAUUCCUAGCGAAUUGUCCUAGAAGAUCGUUCUUCUCGCUUCUGUGCAUUGUUGGGGUAGUCUUGUUGGCAAUUCAUGUUGGGUUAGUCGUCCCCUGCAAGUCUAAGGAUUGAUUGUGAGGUACCACCUCUUUUCUUUCUUAUUUUCUUAUUUUUGCCUUCGUGUAUUUCUGUUUUUAAUGAGUUCGUUGUUUGAGAGGUAGUGCCAGCGAGCAUCGCAAGGGCUAGUGUUUGUGUCGGGGCGACGUUUAUUUCGGUGAUUGUAAUCAUUCCUCUUGCUGGAUAUGAAUUGUCCGUGAAUUUUGGGAGCUUCGAUACUGAGGUAUUUGCCCAUCGGAAGAGAGAGCGGAGACAUAGCUACCUCUUGACAAUUACAUUGGGACAUUAUUCCCUUGGAGUGGUGCAGGGUGUAGGUAACCAUGAUUUUGACGGAGGGGCUGUGGAGUCGUCUUCCGCUCGAGAUUAUCGAUCGUGUGCUGUCUUUCUUGCCAGUGCCCGUUCUGUGCAGAUUUCGAUGCGUGUGUAGAAGAUGGAACGUGCUUAUUUCAAAGCCAAGCUUUCAUGACCUAUGCGAUCUCAAUGGUAGAAAAGAGACCUACUUGUUCGUCACGCGAUAUCUCAUUUACAGCGAUUGGUGCUAUGUUGACCCUACUUUCAUUCGAACGAUGUGCUUUCUUGACCUGGAUGCGAGGCGGUGGUAUUCCAUCAAGGCCGACGAGCAUCGUGGGCUCUACGAUGACUUAGAAGAUGACGUGCCUCCUGUCGUUUACGACACCCGAAUCGUGGCUAUGGACGACGGUCUCGUCUGUGAUUUGAUCAGAAAGUACGAUACAUUAACUGUUUUAGUCGUCUCCGACCCAAUUGCGCAGAUGAGCAACCACCUCCCCGCUCUCUCUUGCCCUGCCGACGAGGCCCUACCCAUUAUCGUUAUGGCUGUAGACAGCGUUGCUCGCACCUACAGAGUAUUCUUUGUAAACAACCGCGCGAGGGCAGACACGCGAAUAUUUGUGUAUGAAUCAGCCACAAACAAAUGGCGUGGGCUAAGAAACGCUCCAGAGAGGCUUGGGGUUUCAGCUGCACUGUCCGCCGUCUACUUCCGGGAGGCUUUGUACAUGAUUUUCCAAACGGAUGCUUGGAACAAAUACGUGGUUCUGAGCUACAACAUGCAAGAGGAUAUGUGGAGAGAAAUUAGCGUGAGAUUCCCUGAUAAGCCAUCAAACCCACAACUCGUGGUGAGAGACAACCGGUUGUUUCUGUUGGUGUGGUCGUUCAUCCGCAGUCGUGAGCGGGGCUCCAGCUCAUCAUUUGAGGUGAACGAGGUUCUGGUCGACUGGAACGCAAGUAAGAGAGUGCUGCAAAUUACAUCCGCUCACCUUCAGAGUUACUUCGAUGAGGAACCUGUGGACAUUGCGUAUGGAAUCCCAUGUGUUGAUUCGAACGGCCUUUGCAGCUCUAUCAUCUUGGUAUCGAAUGUGUCAGGGAAGGUGAUAACCUACAACGCGGUGAACGGUGCCGUGGAUGUCUUACCUGCACACCCGUUGGGAGAAGCAUCCUUGCUGAUGGAGGAGGUGGACUUUGAUGGACUUCCAGUUUACGAAACUUAUGCUGGGAAGCACAUGAACUUAAGUGUAAGAGACGUGCUGUCACAGGGACUGUUCACAUGAAGGAGAUGUCACAGGCAAACAGAAGUGGCUUUCUUACCUUGUGGAGUUGGCAAUCAAAGUAUGCCUUGGUGGAGCAUCAAGGACAUUCUUGAAUAUUAGAAGAGCUGGUUGAAGGAUAGAAUGACUCCACUUUCAGUUUAACAUCCUGGGAGAACUCAGCUUGUGGAGGAGAUUCUGUGACUACGAGAUUAUGACUACAGCAGCUAAGUUGUGGCUUUACUCUGUGAUAUCCUGGUGCUUCUAAGUUUGAAUUGGACAUGUUCGUUCAACUUGAGUGACUGUCUCAUCCUCUUCAUGUCGAGAUGAAAUUCUGAUAUUUUCGUGUACUCUUGUAGUCUAUUCAUGCUGGUAAAAACUUGUUCAACAUGUGAAAUGUUGAGGGAUCGUUUUAGGAAUGCUGAGACCAAAUAGAGGAAUCCGUCUUGCACGAAAAGCAAUGUACAAAGUGAGUCCCUGUAAAUUGAAUAAACAGUGAAAAUUGUGUCAA